GGUGACACCAAGUGGAUUUUGUGGACAGAAAGUGUAAUAGUGGAAGACUGUUACACACACACACACACAGCAUUGCCAUGCCAAGCCUUGUCACAUCACUGCAGUUCAACAUGGACACCGCUAGCAAAAUGAGAGGAAAUGACAGGUGUAUCUUGAGGUCUCGGCUGCAUCGUAGUUCAUCUCAGGCAGUUACCACUGAGGGGCUUUGUUUUGAGGAAAUGUCCCAGUGGUCACACUCACUAGAUAGACUCCUGUCAUCUAAAUAUGGCGUAACAAUAUUCCAGGCCUUCUUGAAGACAGAGUUCAGUGAUGAAAACAUUGAGUUCUGGAUGGUGUGUGAAGACUAUAAGAAGACCAAGUCAUCCUUCAGGAUGUGCUCCAGGGCCAAAAAGAUCUUCAAACGCUACAUUCAAGCGGAGGCUGUGAGAGAGAUCAACAUUGAUCACAAGACCAGAGACCUGAUCAGGCGAAACAUUAAGGAGCCCACCACAGCUUGUUUCGAUGACGCCCAGAGGAUUGUCUACGGGCUGAUGGAGAGAGACUCUUACCCACGUUUCCUAAAGUCUGACAUCUAUCAGGCAUUUCUUGACUCCACAUCAGAAUCAUCGAGGAUGUGAAGAAAACAGAUAAGAGGGACAUUGUGUUUGAAGGUGCUGGGCUGUGAAGCUGAGUCGAUGCUGGACUACCUGAGAGGACCUGGACUGUGUGUUUGCUCAUUCUGAAGCCAAUGAUAGUGAAGGUUUAAAGCCAUAAGGACCCCCCCCAAAAACAAAAAAAAAAAAUUAAAAAAAUUAAAUAAAAAACAAUAAUUAAAAAAAACAUGAAGACACAUGCUUCCUUCUGAGCUGACAAAGAAGCGGUCUCUGAUUCAAAGUUAAAAAUAGUUUGUUCCAAACCAGUUGGUAUGAGAGGCAAAGAUUAGCCAAAUAUUUCUAUAUUUGAACAAUGAUCAAUAGCAGCCAAUGUCUUCGUUUCUGUGAAGCAAAGGACUUCCCAGAGAUGCCACAAUAAUGGAAUGAAAAUGUUGGGGACUUUCUGCAGAGAGAUGCCAGGAAGUUGAUGUGGUGCAGACAACACCUAUGAUGUAAGAGCAGAGCUGGGAUCUACAUUUUUUCACCUUCUCAAGUGUAUUGUUAUCUCUCUAAAGCAAUAGCCUAGAUUAGAUAUUAGUUCAUUAUUAAUGCAGUAAUAAACGAAUAGAAGUUUCACAGUCUGACAUGAGUACUGUGAAAAAAAUGUUAUAAGCUAAAAUGUGUGUUAAGGUUUGUUAAAAGGUUCUGAAUGUGAAUGUUGAAAUGGAUUUGUACAUAUUCAUGAAUAAAUAUUUAUCAUUUAAUUGAA